UUCCCGGGUAGAGAAACUAGUUGCAGGACCGGAAGCGAAGUAGCCUUCGGGUUCCAGACAGCGGCGGCGCUUAAGGCAGGGCGCCCUGGUGCCAGUGGAGCUGGCCAGCUUCGCCAUUCAGAUUCCAGCCCGAGUUGGAGAAAAACCCCGGGAUUCUUGUGCCCAUGGGAGGGCACCGAGUCGGAUCGCAACGCAUCCGACGCAAACCGAAAUAGCCUCACCUGUGCGGGCCACCGGAAACCCCGCCCCUAGGAGGAGUCGGGAAGCCUCGCCGAAGAGGUAGGAAUCCGAAGGGACGGCCCCUGGGGUGCGGCCCGCCGGCCAUGGCCACGCCCCCGGGGGCCGGUCCCGUGGCUCUCCGCUUCGCAGGAGCUGCCUGCUGGCAAGUCGUGCGCGGACGCUGCGUGGAGCAUUUUCCUCGCGUAUUGGAGUUUCUGCGAUUCCUGCGCGCUGCUGCCCCUGGCUUGGUUCGGUACCGGCACCAUGAACGCCUGUGUAUGGGCCUAAAGGCCAAGCUGGUGGUGGAGCUGAUUCUGCAGGGCCGGCCUUGGGCCCAGGUUCUGAAUGCCCUGCAUCACCACUUCCCAGAGUCUGGACCUGUAGUGCGGGACCCCAAAGCCACAAAGCAGGAUCUGAGGAAAAUCUCGGAGGCUCAGGAAACCUUUUGCCAGCAGGUGAAGCAGCUGGCAGAAGCCCCUGUUGAUCUGGGUUCGAAGCUACAGGAACUUGAACAAGAGUAUGGGGAACCUUUCCUGGCUGCCAUGGAAAAGCUGUUUUUUGAAUAUUUGUGUCAGCUGGAAAAAGCACUGCCUGCACUGCAGGCACAGCAGCUUCAGGAUGUGCUGAGUUGGAUGCAGCCUGGAGUUUCUAUCGCUUCUUCUUUUGUCUUGAGCCAAUAUUAUGUGGACAUGGGGUGGCCACUUCCAGAGUGCUUUGCUGCUGAUUCAGUGGACAUGACAGAGCCCAUGGAGCAGAGUCCUCCUCGGCAACCAACACCAGCACUCCACGACCCUCUGCCAAAAGCCCAGCCAGGCCCACACCUUCCUCAGGGUCCACCCUCAAGGAAAGACCUAGAACCUCUGACUGGCCACCACUUCAAUCUGGCCCCUCUAGGCCGGCGAAGAAUCCAGUCCCGGUGGAAAUCCACUAGCGGAGGCCAAAAGGAGCGCCCCACAGUCAUGCUGUUCCCCUUCAGGAAUCUGGGUUCACCAACCCAGGUCACAUCUAAGCCUGGGAACAGGGAAGAACAAGGGACACACACAACAGACCCAGCAGGUGCUGUGGGUACCAGAGCAGCCUCGACUGGAAAGUCUAGGAGUCCGUCCAAGACUCUGGGAGGAAGGGCUCUGAAGGAGACCCCAAUUGACUUGUCUGCCUCAGAGCAAAAGGAGCACUGCUUGGAUUGCCCCAUGGGACCCCUGAGAUUGUCACUAUCGCCUCCUCGGGCCAGGAAGUCAGUGCGUCCUCCAUCUCUGUGCAGCUCCGACAUUACCAUAGGGGACCUGGUUUUGGACUCGGAUGAGGAAGAAAAUGGCCAGAUGGAAGGAAGGCCUGAUCCUAGACCCUCAGAGGUGACUCAUCCUCUUCUACAGGAUCCUCCUUCUGAGCUCUCCUCACCGAAAGCCUUGGCCACAUCCCCAGGACAGCUGCAGCCUCCAUCCUGCAAAGUAAAGAGCACUAUGAAGAGAGAGCGUGGAUGCCCCAAGCCCUCUAGGAGGGCCCAAUGGCCCACCUCAAAGCUGACAGGAACCCAGGAGUCCUGAUCCACCUCUACCAGACCCUCCAGACCUGGCAGAGAACCCAGAUGUCUGGCAGCCCCAUAGCCUACCCUGCCUUUGGCCUUACUGAAAUG